UGUACGAAAGGAAUGACAAUGGGGGUUAAGGUAAAGUAUAUUUGGCUCACACAUAAAGCUGAAAUGACAGAAAUACCCUCUUUUUGAUCUGGACAUGUCGCUGUAUUAGUGGUUCUUAACUCUUUCAUGGCACAGUCAAGUCACGGAUUCAGUGAACUUCCCAAAGCUAAUACUCUCUGUCUGACCUGACCGAAAAGGCAUAAUCCCUUUCCAGCACAAUCAAAAAUCAAUAGAGGGACAUUUAAUUUUAUAUAUAAAAAAUAAAAAUAAAUUUUUUAAUUUAAAUAAGAUAUUCUAAAAGGGAUAUUGACUGUUUUAGUCUUUUAGAUUAGAAAAAGAGGGGAACCAAACCAUUACCAAAGCUCGUCGUGAUCCCUUUUACUUUUAGUUUUAGUAUUAGGGCAAAGGUGAGGAGAGAGUUAUAUAUCAAUCAUGGGGAGACUAUAUAUUGAAUCGCUGAGUGGGCACAAGAUCUUCAAGUGUAAGUUUUGCAAGGUUGACUCUGCCUCCCACGAAGACAUCGUUUCCAAGGAUUUUCAAGGUCGUUUUGGUAGAGCCUACCUCUUUAGGGUAAACAUAUCACUUGGGCCUACCGAAGAGCGAAGUCUCAUUAGUGGUUUGCAUACUGUGAAUGACAUCUAUUGCAGUUCCUGCCAACAGAUUCUGGGCUGGAGAUAUGAGAAGGCUUAUGAACCAAGCCAAAAAUAUAAAGAAGGAAUGUAUAUUUUGGAGAAGGAACGGAUGCUAAAGGAGGGUUGGUGAGGAUCGAUGAUGAUGAAGAAGAAGAAGAAGAGUUGAGCAAAGGCCAUUUUUCUUCAAUUUUGUACAUAGAAUUCUUCAAGCAGAGAAUUUUAUCAGUUUGUUUCUAUGAACCUUGCUUUCAACUUAAAGAUAUCUGACUGAUGUUGAUCCAUUUUAGAAUUGUUACAAUUGUCACUGUUUGCUACA